AUGCAAGGAGUUUGGGGCAGUUUUCGGCUGGUCAACCUGCUCGCGUCGCAGCUGUCGCUGCUAGCGCCGCCGCCCAGCGCCGGCAUGCCGGCGUCGCUGCUGCACUGCGCCGGCCUCUGCCUGCAGGACGAACGCUGCGGAGGCGUUGCGUGGCUUGACAACGAUCCGCAGUCAUGCAGGUUCGUCGUGGACUCUACCGUACCUGGAGCCACAGCAACGCUGGUGUCGUCAGCCUACGCGAUUCUCAGCACCGACAGCAGCGCGACGGUCGUUGAAAUCCCAUUUUCGGGAACUUCCUGGCAACAAGCGUACGACUUCUGCAGCGGUAUCGGACUGAGGCUGGUCCCGUACCCAGUUAGCCUCAAGGACCGAGCAGUGAUGAGCAUCAGGAGCAAAACCUGGGUUUCCGUUGACCUGCAACGUCGAAGCAACGGGUCGUACACGGCGCUCUCCUCCAGCCUUGUGUUGCCCGCGAACUACCCCUUCCCGUGGUACCUCAAGAACCCCCACUACGGCAUGGAGAAAUGCUUGAUUGUUGGCAACUUCCCACUCGCAGUCUACGACUUCGAGUGCAGCAUUCUCGAUACCGCUCCCAAAAGCACGCUGUGUGUUGUGUAGAGUUGUAACAGACAUCGCGGUAUUACUUUAGA